AGAUGUGGCCAAGAUCGACGCACAUGGUGGGCACCCGCCGCUCCCCUGCGAACGGACGCCGCUUCCAGCGGGCCCGCCGCCAGUGCGUGCUGCGAGGGGGUCGCGUGAGGGGUGGCUGCCGCUCCAGUGGCCCAGAGGGACGGCGGACCGUGAGGCGCCCACCGGUGAACUGUGCUAGUUUGGUGGCACGCUAUACCCGCCAGUCGGUGCACCUGUGAGUCGCUGACGCGCUGCCGCACCCCGUGCAGUCGGGUCUCGUGGGACAGUGCGGUCGGAGGGUCCUGUGGUGUCUGACGAUCGCCAGUGUGACGUGUUGGCGAUGGCGGUUUCCGGCGGGCCGGGGCCCCGGUGGUCGGCUGUGUCUCCACGACUUCACUGGCUCUGCUGGCUGGCCGUGAGUCUGCUCGGAGUCACCUCACAGCGCAUCUACAGAGAGGACCAGCUGGCGCUGCUGUCGGGUACGCUGCGCACGUUCCAGGUGGCUUCCUGUGACGGCGAGCUGCUGCGACUCGAGUGUCCGGCCGGCACCACCGUCUCCAUCCAGCUGGUGCAGUACGGCCGACUGGCCACCAACCCGACACUGUGCGGAUCGGCGGCCGACAUGCGCCGCUUCAACUACACCGAUUGCAUGGACAGGAGCGCGCUCAAGGUGGUGAUUGACGCCUGCGUCGGGAAGCGCCAGUGUCAGCUGCGUACCUCUGCUGCCCUGUUCGGGGUCGACCCGUGCCCGGGUAUCAGCAAAUUCGUCGAAGUUGCCUACAAAUGCCGACCGACCGAGUUCCGGACAAAGGUGGUGUGUCAGGGCCAGCGGCGACCCAUCUACUGCGACCAGCACCGAGUGGCCAUCUACUCGGCCUCGUUCGGCACCGAACGGCGGGGAUCUGUCCACUGCCCCCAGCCGCCGGGCGUGAGGCUUACUGAUUGUCACUCGAGUCUGACCUCUGAGAAGAUGAUCAGCUGGUGCCAGGGGAAGCCGAGCUGUGAGCUGUCGGCUGACCCGGAGCUGUUCACACGCUCCUGUCCGCCCGACCAUAACAUGUACCUCACCACAAAAUAUACCUGCGUUCCUAAGGAGAUAUUGAAGGAGCGAUACGCCUCACAAGUGGAUGAAGAUUACCAACAAAAUAUGACCGAGGCGCCCUCUGCUGAGCUGGAGGAUCCCGUCGAACCGUCCGAGAUGGAGGCGCGCGACGUGCCAUCUGUCGACGAAAACGGCCAGGAGCGGCUGAUCCUGUACCUCACGCUCGGGGUCACCGUCUGCCUGCUGCUCGGCCUAGGGUUCCUGGUCGGCCGGCUCUGUAUGCGGCGAAAGGCCAAGGACGCUGGCUCGGAGCCUGCCCCGCCCGGGUUCACCGGCUUCCAGCGGCCGGACAGUGAGCUGGACCUGUCCAUGGGUCGCAGCACGGUCGGCUCGGGACACAUCACACCACCGCCGCACGCCACCGUCAGCUUCCAGCCUACUCUGCCGUCCGACCCUUCCCGGUACCAUGUACCGUGCCGGGAGAGGGAGAGGCACUCCCCUGUCACCUACCGAACAGCGCCGAGCGACAACUACAGCACGGCCUACUUCGGCGCCGGCACAGGGGGCUAUCGAGAGAACCUUAUCGGAGAGCACUCUUCGGCGGGAAGUCUGCACAGAGGCGCCGGCGACAGUGUGCGCGGUCGCGACCCGGUCUACGGCAGGUUCAACCGACCGCUGGUGCCGGGACCCGGCGACGAGCUGCGCAGUGCAGCGAGCAGCGACAGCGGAGACAGGCAGGCUGCGAGCCCAUUUGAAACCCUAAAACGGUUGGAUGCGUUGGAGCGGCGGAGGCCGUGCCAGGCGGGCUCAGACUCGUCAUACGGGUACAGUUAGCUGCGCCGCGGGGCUCAGUCCUAGCCUCACCGCGCAAAUAGACGGUCAGAGUGGGGCGGUCAGAGCGUGACCUGAGACGGCCAGGGCGGCUAGAGACGGUCAUAGUGAGAUUCUGUGACUGAAGCCGCGUGGCGCAGUCACUGGAACACCAGUGAGAGAUAGUUGAACUGGCACCAAUGGACGCACUUAGUAUUGGGUCAUGGGUGUCAUUUUUGUGCUUUUGAAUCGGUCAUGCUGGUGACAAAGUGACAGAUUCACGACGUCGUUUAGUACAUGGCGUUAUUGUGAAGGUGUGCGAAGCUGUGCCAUCUCGUGAAACUAGUGACGUGUUGAGGUAGUUCACUGAACUAGUAUGUAGAUCGUCACAGAGCCAAGUUAGGUCGAGCUGACAGUGACCAGAACUACUUAUAACUCGAAAGAUGGGUUCGCUAUUCAAGAAAAUAACGACCAUGUCUUUUGACGAAGAGUGUCUGAGGCUUUGUGGCUUGAGCCAGCCCGGCCUUAACUGUGUUGUACAUGUCAUGUCGGUAUUGUAUGACUCGUGCGUGUAUAUGUGAAAUGAACUGUAUGCAUCAUUGCAUCCUCAGUUCGACCCACCUACCUGCAGAGCUAUAUAUUGUGGCGUGAUGCGUGUGGUGUAUAUCCGAGACUUGCUCUGGUGUGUUUGAGACAGGGAGGUGUCUUUAGCUCAAACGUAUAAACGUUUAGACAUGAGCGGCGUGACGCCUCCGUCCACUGGUUUCAAUCAGGGUCCUCUACAUAAAUGAAUUAGGUUGCAAAUUAUUCAUCCGUUACUAAUGAAAAUUUUAGAGCAUUUCUGUCUUCAUCUAAAAAUACGAUAUGAACGAUGCAUAUGUAACUUAUCGUGCUUGUAUGUGUUUGAAUCACAAAGUGAACACUGUUUUAAUCGUAUCUGUAGUCUGGUUUGCGUUGGUAGCCAACCGGCUCGCCGAAUUCCUCGACGCUGGCGUUUAAUUCACUCUUCGCAGAAGAGCGCUGUUAAAUGACACAGGCCACCAGGUGAGUCGAGCACUGUCCUGAUGAAUUGGCAGCCCUGUGACGUCGUAAUGGCGCCGCUGGCUGUGUGACGUCACGGCCAGGUGACUGCACCGUCUCACUGGCCAACGCAGGGCCCAUGGCGAGGGCCGCGGUGUGUCGCAUUAGGCACUUGUGUUCUGAGAGCGUCUCAGAUUCGGCAGAUUACCUUGACAUACGUCACACAACUGUGUAAAAGGUUAUACGAGUUUGGGUAAAAUUGUAUAAAAAAGUGUUGGUGCCAUCAAAACGAAAAUAUGAAACCGUGUGAAUGCUCGUUCUACCUGUUUGUUGAAAUUGGCUUUGUUGAAUGAUUCGAUGAUGUUCGGUAGAGCGUUAGCGAUGCCUGCUACGUUUAAGGGGAUGAACGCAAACGCAACAUUUUCGGUGGACUCCGGACAAAAUAUCAGUGACUGUACAAAUGGGUCGAGUAUGAAUCGGCACCAGGUGAAUGGCGUUGCUUGUGUGAACUGUUGACUGAUGUAAGUACAUGGCGCGUUUCAUUGUUAACUGCUGAGUGAAAUUGUACGGAAUAUGAACGUGUCCAAUGGAAUGCAUUUUACAA